AUGUCGAAUUCAAAACAUUCUUAUGAGCCUUACUCCUCGGCUUUGAAAGCUAGAACGGUGACGCUGAAAUUAUUCGCUAUGACUCACGAAGUGACAAUGGUACAUCACGUAUAUGUCGCAGAGAAGAUGAGCCAGCGAGGUCGACCGACACGUCAUGUGAGCAGUACAACAGAUAGCUCAGACUUCAGCUAUGGAGAACUAAUAAAGGGAGCGACGUACCCAGCAAAAUGCCACCCAAGAAGAACGGAUACGGCGUCUCGAGGCAAUGCUAGAGCAGCAGCCCCACUGAUCGCGACGACAACCACAACGACGACGAACGAAGGACAGUCAACACCAGCACGAUCAGCGGCCGAGACGGAGCUCGAGCCCCAAUGA